AUGAAGAAAAUACAUCGAAUAAUCAACACGUGGAAAACUCGCCCAGGUCUCCUUCGCAAAAGUGUUCAUUUCGAAACCAUUCCUGUUACUCUUCUAAAUGUUUGUCAUGAUUUAGCCAUUCGUUCAAAUAACCCCAACACCUCUCUUCCAGCUAUUGAAUUACCCAAUGGUCAAUUUAUUUCGGAUUCAUUUCGCAUUGCCGAAUGGUUGGAUGAGACGUAUAGUGAGCAACCAUCACUACUCACUGGUGAUAAUCGACCGAUUGCCGAGACGCAUCCGGAACAGAUCCAGAUGAGUAAAAACUAUGCUCGGAUGAUUGAUUUAUGCCUUGGCAUAUCGAAGCUCGGAUGA